AUGGCUUUAGUUUGUAAAAUGCAACAUUUGUUGAUUGCUUUCUUCUUCAUUUUGGUUAAUCAAGCCACGUCUCGAAAGCUCCAUGACUCCUCAUCCAUUUUUGAGAGACAUGAGGAAUGGAUGAAAAAAUAUGGAAGGGUUUACAAGGAUAAGGUAGAGAAACAAAGAAGGGUCCACAUAUUCAAGCGCAAUGUUGAGUUCAUAGAGUCCUUCAAUGCCGCUGGUAACAAACCCUACAAGCUAAGCCUUAACAAAUUUGCAGACCUCACCAGUGAAGAGUUUAAGGCUUCCCUGAAUGGAUACAGGAGGAACAAACAGGCAAUAUCAGUGAAAGCAACACCAUUUAAGUAUGCAAAUGUAACUGAUUUGCCUACUAGUAUGGACUGGAGAAAGAAAGGGGCUGUUACUCCUAUCAAGGAUCAAGGCGAUUGUGGGAGUUGCUGGGCUUUCUCAGCUGUGGGAGCUAUGGAGGGGAUCCACAAGAUAACUACAGGUACAUUGAUUGCUCUAUCUGAGCAAGAGCUUGUAGAUUGUGACACUAAAGGCAAGGAUGAAGGCUGUAAUGGUGGUUACAUGGAAGAUGCAUUCAAAUUCGUAAUAAAGAACCAUGGUAUCACCAGUGAAGCUAAUUACCCUUACAAUGGAACUAAUGGAACUUGUAACACCAAAAAGGAGGCUUCCCACGUUGCCAACAUCACAAGGUAUGAAGUGGUUCCUGCUAAAAGCGAAGCAUCACUAAUGAAGGCAGUAGCAAACCAACCUGUGUCGGUCUCCAUUGAUGGUAGCGGAUUGGAAUUUCAGUUCUACAACGCCGGUGUUUUCACAGGAGACUGUGGAACUGAGAUAAACCAUGGUGUGACAGCGGUAGGGUAUGGCACAACCACUAAUGGAACCAAGUAUUGGCUUGUGAAGAAUUCAUGGGGCAGCGAUUGGGGUGAGAAAGGAUACAUAAGGAUGCAGAGAGAUGUAGAUGAUAAGGAAGGACUGUGUGGGAUUGCACUGUAUUCCUCCCAUCCAAUUGCUCAAUAA